ACAAAAAAUUCAAAAUACACAUUUUAAAAAAUAGCUAAAGUGGUUUUUUAAUGAUGUGUUAAUCUCAGCGAUUUCGGUCAACCUAGUUAGUUACUCACUCACUAAGCUGGCCUUACAGCGAGAUAGAUAGGAUAAACGAUAACACUGGCCACUCUAAUGUACUUGUUGAAAUGCUGAUCUAGCGAAAAUCAUUGCCGAUAACGGUCCCGUCGAGUUAAACUAGUACAGGGUAAACAAAGCUGUACUUAUUUUUGCACUGUCUAAAGGUAUUGUCCAAGUUGCACUAUUACGUGUUCAUCUCCCGUUUUUUUAAGUCUUAAAUCGGAUUUUUUCAUACGAUUGCUGUUGCGUGACAAAAGUACUUGAGGUUUCCGCCCUCUCGAGGUCCACCGCGUAUGUUUAUUGUAGGACGACUAGACUUUUUUAUCAACGCUAAGUCGGCUACAAAGUUCACAAGAUCAUAAAGAAAUAGCGUUUGGAUUUUGACCUUGAGAUUGUCAUCAUUACUUGUGUGUGUAGUGUGUACUGUCAACUGUUCAACUAAAUACUCUUAUUUGAAGAGAGGUAUUCUCAAAGUGUCACUGAGGCAGACGAGUGAUCGCUUUCACUGGUAGAAUGAAAUUGGUCAGUGAUGCAUUUAGACUUGGUCGAUUCCUCUUUUCAGUUCCUCUUAAGGCAGUUCACUGGGUUUCAUUUAAGGUCGCUAGUGAUGUUAUUGAAUGGCAUCCUUUAGACUUGUUAGCUAAAGGAAGUAAAUAUGCCUUACUGAUCCUUAAUCAACCCAUUGGAUUUCCAAAAGAUACAACUGUUAUGAUAUGGAACCGAGCAUCUAUUCGAGCUACUGUGGAUGGUGGUACCAACAUCUGGUUCAAAUUUUCUGAGGGAAUGGAAAAUGAUAUUGGUUUAAACAAUCCUAUUCCUGACCUUGUGACUGGGGACUUUGAUUCGGCUGAACCUCGCUGUUUAAAGUAUUACCAAACGCACGGAGCCAAAAUAAUUCACACGCCUGAUCAGGAUGAAACUGACUUCAACAAAUGUGUUCGUCACGUUUACGCAGAGCUUACUUCUCGCGAAAUGAAGGUGAAUGCUAUUAUUGCAGUCUGUGAAAACACAGGCCGGCUGGACCAUAUACUUUCGAAUCUAAAUACACUGCAACAAGCUCGCGAUAUAAUAGGAGAAAUACCACUGUACCUGCUUACACACAAUUCCAUCAGCUGGGUCCUACAUCCUGGUCGGCACAGAAUACAUGUUGAUGAAAGAGUUGUUAAUCACCACUGUGGUUUAAUUCCUCUGGGCCAGCCUGCAUACGUGACAUCCUCGGGAUUAAAAUGGGACAUGGAUUGUUUGAAGUUGGAAUUUGGCGGCCUUAUAUCAACGUCAAACAUGUUUACCGAUCAGCCCAUUGUGAAGUUGGAGACGGAUCGCCCAGUUCUUUUCACUAUGACACUGCCUCAGUGGAAAUAAUAGAAGCGUCUUUCUCUUUGCUGUUACAAGUGCACAGAAGAGUAUCAUUUUCCAAUCAAAAAUAAAUAGUUUAAUUGCAUCAUA